AUGACUCUUAAUCCAUCCACGCUUUCACUCUUUUUGCUUCCUUAUGAAUUGAGAACAAUGCAGCUCCUGUGUGUCACUGACCUUUGUGAAAGCAUGAAAGGUUUGGUCCGCACCACCUGUUUCUGUCCUGCACCGAGCCACCUCUUCGUAUUGUGUUGUUCUUGCCACUCUUCCCCCUCACCGUAAAAAAAAAAAAAAAAAAAGGCUGUCAGAAAGAGAUGGCCUCAAUGGUACUGGGCUGUGUGUGUGUGUGUGUGUUGGAUUCUCUGUCCUCUUGUUAGUCUCAUACAGACAAGCCUGGCAUGCCCAGUACCCCCCCUAGUUAGUGCUUUGUCAUUUUUCACUGGACUCGUCCUUCAAUCAGAGGAUUGCUAGUCCAUGUCGAUGUGUCUUUGGGCAAAACACUUAACCCCAAAUUACUCAGUUAGUUCUGAUGGGUACAAGUACAAGUUCAUUCAUCAUUUACAAGCACAGGCGGUAACUAUAAUAUUUUACAGAAACAGCUCCUUUCGUCAGGGCUGUUUAGCUGAAGACAACUCGUUAUCUUAAAGCAAUUUACAUCCAGAGGAAAUAUGAUGGUGAUAUGUUUUGAUUAGUAUGUCUGUGGUGUUUAAUCUUUACCCGGCUCCUGCUUAUUGCCAGAGCAUCACAAAAUGACUUUUGUCAAGCAAGACUUUGUAAGUGAUUUGAAAGUCUGAAUUGAGUUUCCAGCCCCGUACGGUCGCCAAAGAAGGAAACUUUCAAAUCUGUGUGAGACUCUCCAUGAAUGAAGCAGAAGAUGUACUGAACUCAUUCAGGGAUUCUCCAACUAGAAUGUGUUUCAUUCAGAUUUCCCCGAUAGGAAUCAUCUUUGAUUGAGUUAACUGCGUGUGAUCGGUGUUUUAUCGCCGAGAGGUGAGCUUGUUUGUGGGCGGAGCUCUGCGUUUAGUCUGUGGCCUUUUGUUUACCGUGAGGAGGUUGCCGUCUCUGGAAUUCUAUUCAUGUGGAAGUCGGUACUUCUAUUAGACGUCUAUAUUCCUCAGUACAAAGAAAAGCACCGCUGUAAUUCAUCUUGGAACAUGUUGAGGAAGCAAACAAUUGCACAAGUAAUCUCUUUGUUUUCAUUAGACGUGAGGAAACCUAUUAUAUACUGUAUCCACCCAGCUGUAGAUGUGGGUAGAAAGCUGACGCGCGCUUGAAUCUGUUUACAGUCCUGCACUAGUGAUACUUGUUGCUUCCUGAACGGACUGUAUAUGAUGUAUGUACACUGUGAAUCGUGGAGAUCUGCACAAAAAUAUCCAGCAAAGACACUAACGGCUUUUUUAAAAGCCACAACCGAGCUUUUUAUCUUGAUGCUCUAACUAGCAGUCCAAGUACAGCAUCUGCCCAAACCCGUGAGAUACGAUGGUAUUGUGGUGUUUGAGUCUGUCACCCACACGCAGAGUUUGAUCAUUGUUCAAAUUUAAACUUCAUGUAACCGUUCAGCGGAGCCACCUCCCCUUUUUAAAGCAGUCAUGAUUUAUGUUGCACUCAAACACUUCAGAAGGCCCUGUUGUCUGGAGCUUUGUUGCUUCUGACCGAGUAAGCCGGAGAAUAUUAAAGAAUCCUGGCAGUUGCUUAAUGCCGGACACAGGGGCUCAUAGGCAGCGAGCCAGAAUUGAAAAGGGGAGGGGGGGGGACAACGUGGGAUGGUUUUUAGUCCAGACUGGGCUAGCCUGUCUCAGUACCACAUCAAAGACAUAGCAGUAGGCAGAAAUCAAAAAGGAGGGAGGAGAGAGCCGCAGGCUUGUACCUCUCAUGCAGUCUUAUUUACUCUUGCUUUGCCCAUCAAUGAUGCCAUUGUGUUGACCAACUUUUCACACAACUGAUUAUUUAGAGGGAGUUUUGUUCUGAAGAAGGCAAUAUGUGCCAAAACAUUGAUUUAUGAAUAAAAACAUUGCAUCAAGUUUAUGAGUGUGCCGCUGUUGUCCCUCCACAGGGCGCACCACCAUCAAUCCUCUGAUUGUGUUCGAGUGUCAACAAAGCUCUGUUGUCGCCGCCCUGGGGUCAAGUUUGGGUGCACUUUGUGAUCUAAUGUUCUCUUGUCAACUCUUCCCUCUUUCACAUUGGGAAAAGUUGUCUUUUACUGCAAUCACAGUGGCCAUUUAGUCUGCAUUUAGCUCUAAGUGCUCGUUGAACACAAGGCACUGUUAAGAGUUUAUUUUGAAACCGCGAGCUGAUUGAAGGCUUUCUUCAGUGUUUAGUUUUUUUUACUCCCAGAUCACUCUGUCAAUGUAUAGUCUUCAAUGUUAAUGAGCGUGUACACAAGCCAACCGCAGGCCCUUUGGGCAAGUCAUGUUUCUACAAACCUCCCUCACUGUAUUCCCCAACUGAUUUAAAUUGUGCAAAUGAAACCUGGCAAUGUUUUCCUUUGCUUGGACGGGGUUUUAAAGGAACAGUCGCAACAUUUUGUGUCUGUACUGAACACACAGGGAUGAAAUAUUAAUUGCAUCUAAGCUUGGGUAAUAUAGCGAAUAAGUGUAACUGAUUAGGUGCCAACAGCAUUAGUGAGGUGGUGAGUUUAUGUAUGAUGUCUGUGGUUGGGUGGUAAAUAAUUAAGUCAUUUGUUUUGCUCCUUUUGUACAGUUGCUGCGCGUUAAGUUGAUGUUAAAGUAAGUGCAAGUUGAUGAAUACAAACUUUCAAUGCACAAAUGUUUGGAUCUUCAGAUAUCCUGUGUCACUAUGCAUUUAAAUAUUUACCGUUGGCUCAUGGAUGGGUUUCUGAACGGCUCCAUUGUGGAGUUAGUGGUGCAGUUCUCUAGCAUGCCACCAGAGGGCGCAUGUCUUGCUGCUGUAGCUUUGUGGGACUCCUGUUGCAGUAUUACAUAAUGUGAGUCCCCCAGGAUGUGGUUCUGCAUGAGUAAUCUUGUGUGUGUAAGAGAGAAAAAUGGAGGCAAAGGUGUGUCUGUGAGGUUUACAGAUUACUGCUGAUUAUUAUAUUAUUGAUUAAUUAACCAUUGAGUCUUACUAAGCAACCUGAUUGCCCUUAUCCUAUGGCUUAAACACAAAACAUUAAAAAAAAUAGCAAUAUUGUAUCUUUAACGGGGCCAAAGGUGUUGUUUCUCAUAAAUGUGUGUUUCAUUUGACACUAAGAAUGUUUAACUUCUUUUAUUGAUCACCUCAGGACUUCUAAGAAGCUACCGUGCCCAUUCCCAUGUUGGUCUUCCCAUCCACUUCAGUUAGUGAGCCAUCGUGCACUGACUCACUACCAGAAUGUUAACUACUGGUGAAGGCACUCGUUGGCUCUGCCCAGAGCUGUUUCUCACUUUAUAAGGAAAGAGUGGGAGUUGUGCAGCUGAGCACGCUGUCACUCUACCUUCUUUCAGUCUCUCUUUCUCUCACCCCCUCGCUCUUUCUUUUCUUUCCUUCAUUUUCUUUUUCUGCAGCCAUGCAGCUGCUAGGAGACAGGAGCAGCGUGAGCAAACAGGUUCCCUCUCCGUAGCUGCUGUUAUCCACCCCACACCAUGUCCCCCUUCUGAGAUGUUUUUCUUCUUUGAGUCAAUUACUGAUAUCUAUUGAAAAAAGAUGUUUUAAUACGGGGCAUGCAUUGGUCUGCUCUGCCGUCUGACUCACAUGUCUCCAGAUCUCAUGACAAACCUCCCAGUUUCUCUCUCAUUCUCAUCCACAGCCAUUGUUCUCUCUUCUCGCCUAAAUGUCAGCGAACUAUUUACCGCUCAGUCUGGCACUCAUUAGGAGGCAGCGGAGUAGGCUUGAACCAAUGGACACCAUUUUCGUGAAGCAAGUCAAGGAAGGAGGCCCCGGUCACGGAGCUGGGCUUUGCACAGGUGAUCGAUUAGUGAAGGUGAAUGGAGCAAGCAUCAUUGGGAAAGCCUAUUGUGAGGUUAUAUCCUUGAUCCAAGACAGUGGGGACUUUCUAGAACUGUGUGUGAUGCCAAAAGAUGAGGAUAUACUGCAACUGGCCUACUCCCAGGAUGCCUACCUCCGUUGCCGCAGCAGCUACAGUGGAAACGCCUGUCACAUUCCUGAGCCACCCCCGGUAUGCUACCCCAGAGUAGACUGUAAGCCUACGGGCAUGGCCCAGGCGACAGACGCGGCAGGGCAGGUCUUCCGUGGGCCAACAGCACCUCCUGAUCAUGGGUACCGCAAGGAGAUCACAGUGCCCCCAUCCCCUCCGCCUCCUCAAUCAUAUCCAAAAAGCCAGAUGGCAGUGUGCAUGCGCAACGACAGCGUGCGGACCGUGGUGGUUCCUCCUGACUCAGCCCAAAUGGGGCGCAUGGGUCCAUCACAUAGGAUAGAUUACAUGGACCCUGUCUUUGUCAGAGGAAGGCCUGGGUCACUGGCCCAGUAUCCUCACCCUCGGAAGGUCGAUGUCUAUCCCAGUGGUCCAGGAAUGGUCCCAUAUGGAAGUCAGGCACCUCACUACCCAGGCAACAAUCAAAACAUUGAUUGGCGCACUUACCAAACGUACAGGGAGUACAUUGACAACAAAGGAAUCCAUUCCCAUGCUAGUCGGACUAUUCAGGAGAGACUGGACAAUUUGCGAGCAUCCAAUCAGACCUCCUUUGGCGCUACUUAUCACAUUCCCCGGGGAGACUGGGGCCCUAAGGGGAUACGACGGAGGAGUACCUCCCAUGAACGGUCAUACCAAGGACCUCCACCCCACUUUCAGAUUACCCCACGCAGUGCUUCGCAGGACCGGUUGAGCGGUGCAGAGCGAAUGGGCCAGACCAGGAACUGGCCUCCUCGAAGCGUGUCGCAAGAUGGCCUGAUGCACAAAGCGCGGGCACACUCCACAGACUAUGUUGACCCUGCAGAGCUGGCUCGGCCCAAUGAGAGGAGAGGAGGGUACGGAAGGGCAGACCAAGGUACGAGGCCUAGCAGACAGUCUGUCCCCAGACACGCCAUGCUCCACAGACCUUCCACUGGAUACAGCGGUGGAAUGAGGGGGGCACCCAACCCUUCUCUUUACUCUAAAGGACCAGAUUCUCUUCAGACCCGCUCCUCGCCCAUGCUCUUGGACAGACACUCGCAUUACGUAAAGAGCACAAGUGCGGAACAUUCUCUUAUUGACCAAAGAGUUGCAGUCAAAGGAAAACAUGCAACCCACACUAUCCAACAAGGCCAGAGCAGGAUCCGGGCUGAAAUCAUGCAGGCUAUUGAGGCAAGUAGAGACACAGCAUUGGUAGAGCACAGGUCUUCUUCAUGCUCCACCCCAAAACACAAGCCUCAGAGGCCUAGCUUCCUCAAACCACCCCAUCCAGACUCCCAGGGUCAGGUCAACGGACGAAGCCCCACGGAGAGCGGCGUCAUUCUAAGGGAUAAAGCCCUCCCUGGAAAGAACCCCAGCCCUUUGCGGCAUCACUCCUACAUCCUGGCCGUAAACGACGACGGACCGGAUUCCACGGCAGAUGUAGCGGCAUGCUGGCUUCCCAAUGAUGCGCGUCGAGAGAUACGCAUGCGCCGCCUUGGGGAACAAUGCCACGCAUCCUGUUCCAGCAACCUGGACGAGUCUCUGGACUCCAUCCCGUUCAUCGAUGAGCCAAUCAGCCCAAGUGUCGACCGGAACGCCGCUCCGAUUCCACCCUCAGCUGUGAUAUCUGUUGCACCAUCCAUGACGACGGGUCUAUCCAGUCCGGGCUCACCGUGCCCUCCCAUCCGCCGUCAGCUGUCACAUGACCAAGAGUCCCUGAGAAGUGCUUUGCUGGAGUCUGAUGCAGCCAGCAACACAGAGCGGUCCAAAUCUUACGACGAGGGUCUGGAUAACUACCAGGAGGAGGGAAGAAGGAGAUCUUCCAGUAAGAAUAUGCCCAGUCUCAGGGGCCUGAGGAAGACUCUGGAUGGACAUAAAUCUUCUGGUGAUUCCGGAUCUCGAAGGGACUCUUCUUCAGAUGUCUUUGCCGAUUCUUCCAAAGAAGGGUUGCUCAAUUUUAGGCAACUUAGUACAGAUAAAAAUAAGCGUGUUGGUGGAGGAAUGAGACCUUGGAAACCGAUGUACGCUGUUUUACAAGGUCACACUCUAACCCUCUACAAAGACAGGAAGGACGCUCUGUCUCACGCUUCGACGCCGCCCGACGAGGACCCGUUGCGAAUCAGCAUCAAGGCCUGUCUGAUUGACAUCUCCUACAGCGACACGAGACGCAAGAAUGUGCUGCGACUCACCACCUCGGACUAUUGCGAGUAUUUGUUCCAGGCGGAAGGGAGGGAAGACAUGCUGACUUGGAUCAGAGUCAUUCAGGAAAACAGUAACCCAGACGAAGAGAAUGCUGCUGUAACAAGUCAGGACUUGAUCAGUCGAAAGAUCAAGGAGUACAACAUGAUGAGCACACCCAGCAGCAGGUCUGAACCGUCCCCCAAAAGUUCCCGCCAGUCCCUCAGUAUCAAACAAGCCUUCCUGGGAGGUAAAACAGAAGGCAAGAGCCACAGCCCUCAUUCCCCCAAAACAGGAGAGGACAGGAGGGCGCUGAGAGAUGACUCCAGCCCACCGCGGGACAGAGCUGCUUGGAAAAUUGGCAUUGCCGGGAUCAUGAGGAAGCCCUUUGAAAAAAAGACUCCAGCUGGGGUCACGUUCGGGGUGCGGCUUGAUGACUGUCCACCUGCACAAACCAACAGGUUUGUUCCUCUGAUCGUGGAGGUGUGCUGUAAGGUGGUGGAGGAGAGAGGCCUGGAGUACACAGGAAUCUACCGAGUGCCGGGCAACAACGCCGCCAUCUCCAGCAUGCAGGAGGAGCUCAACAGCAAAGGCAUGACUGACAUCGACGUCGAGGAAGACAAAUGGCGGGACCUCAAUGUCAUCAGUAGUUUACUUAAGUCCUUCUUCCGAAAACUUCCAGAUCCGCUGUUUACAAACGAAAAGUACGGUGAUUUUAUUGAAGCCAACAGAACAGAAGAGUCGGUGGAGAGAUUAAAGGAGCUCAAGAGGCUGACACAAGAAUUACCCGAUCAUCACUUUGAAACUCUGAAAUUCCUUUGUGCUCACCUCAAGAAGGUUUCUGACAACUGUGAAAAAAACAAGAUGGAGCCUCGUAACCUGGCCAUUGUGUUUGGUCCUACGCUGGUCCGGACCUCUGAGGACAACAUGGCCAACAUGGUCAACCACAUGCCGGACCAGUGCAAGAUAGUUGAGAACCUGAUCCAGCAAUACGACUGGUUCUUCACCGACGACGGGGAUGAAGACCCCGUUACCACAGCUGAGCAGGAGAGCACAGUGCAGUCUCAGCCUGUGCCCAAUAUCGACCACCUGCUCUCCAACAUCGGGCGGACCACAGCUUCACCGGGCGAAGUCUCAGAUUCAGCAUGUAGUGACUCCUCCAAAUCAAAGCAGGGCUUGUGGGGGUCAGGGAAGGAUCAGUGUAGCAAAGAGAUGCUGCGCUCCUCCUUCUUCGCCAGCCGCAAACGUAAGAAGCCCAAGGACAAAGCUCACCUGAGCAGUUCAGACGACGACCUGGACGCUGUGUUCCCCAAGAAGGAGCUCGCUGGGGAGAGCCAGCUGCAGCCCAUGUGGUCCCCGGACAGCCGGACCGAGGACGAGGGGGAGACGGAUGAAACCGGUGAGAGACACAAGCGCAGGAACGGCUCAGAGGAACUGCCUGACAAACCCAAGAGGAAAGAGUCUCUCUCGUGCAGCCUGAUAUCGCAGCCCUCUCCCUCCCUGCCUCCAGAACACAUCUCCUCCACCCUCCAAAGUGGCUCCCCCUACGCCUCGCCCACCCACUCCCCGGACCUCAGCUACCGCAUGCCGAUGGCUCACCAGUCCUCCCUGUCGGACCCGCCUUCCAACUACGACGACACGGUGUCUGACCUCGGCACGAUGAACAGCACCAGCUCCCAGGCGUCGGUGCCCAGAGUGAGGCGAGGCAAGGCGGCGGCACUGGGUCCAGAAGCCUGCCCCAGCGGGCUGGGAGCGGAGGUCUGCUCCAUCACCUCCGACUACUCCACCACCUCCUCCAUGACGUUCCUGACCGGAGCUGAACUCAGCACCCUCAGUCCCGAGGUGCAGUCCGUGGCGGAGAGCAGGGGCGGAGACGACGCGGACGACGAGAGAAGCGAGCUCGUCAGCGAGGGACGACCGAUGGAGACGGACAGUGAGAGCGACCUGUCGGUGUUUACAGUCGGCAAAGCGGAGCAGCGAGAAGCUCCUCGACCCCUCCCUACCCACAGACUUAUCGAGUGCGACACCCUCUCCAGGAAGAAAGCUGCUCAACAGAAAACCGUCAGCGAGUCUUCACUGGAUGGCGCUUGGUGCGAUAAAGAUUCCAACAGACUGUCGUGUGUGUUGGGGUCGGUCAAAGUUUGCUCCACGGGCAGCCUCAGCUCCUCGUCCCGCAGCGAAUUAGACAAGGCAGAGCCCGCAUGGAAGCUCAAGAUCACCGACAGACUGAAGGUGCGCCUGCGAACGUCUGUCGACGACAUGUUUGGCGUGGGCAGCCAGAGGAGCCGGUCCCCGGAGGGCCGCAGCAAGAAGAAGAACAUCCGACGCAGACACACCAUGGGCGGUCAGAGGGACUUUGCAGAGCUGUCCGUUUUGGGAGACUGGUCGCAGCAUGUUGGCAUCGGCUCAGGCUCUCGCUCAGAGCUGUCAGCUGUGGACCAGCUGAAGCCUAAGUGCAGCUCUCAAGACUUUUCCAUUAGGGACUGGAUUGUCCGUGAGCGCCACCGCACCAGCAAUCCCGAGGUCAGCCUGGACCUCUCUGAACAGCAGGAGGGGCUGUGCAGCGCAAGCCCCCAGAACCUCGGAGCGUCGUCCUCUUCUGAACUCCCACACCGCUCCGCCGAUGUGUUGAACGGAGAUGUCCCCCCGAGUAAAAAUCUGAGCCUGUCGGCCACCGCUCACCCUCAUAAACUCACUAAUUCCCAGGUGGUCCAUUCGCGCUUCUACCAGUACCUGUGAGAGGUGUCGGACACGUGUGACUGUGUAUGUUCUCCGUCUGUGAGCUGUGUACGUACUCGGGAGUCUCGAGUGUGCAACACUUUUCUGCUUUCUCGUACUUGGGAGUCUGUCAGUUAUAAUGUCUGUUGGGCGACCAAUGUCAGUGAAUGAGCAUGUUGUACAAAAUUGGCUGGAGUGUGUGUGGGUCCGUAACUGGUGUGUGUGUGUGUGUCUGUGUGUGCUUCCGAAAAGAGAAUUACUGCACACAGGAAUCCUUGAUCUUGCUCACGUACAAGGCAUGAAAGUAAAAUGGUGUUUAUACCUUUCUUUUUUUAAUUAUUUCUCUUUUUUUUUAUGACAAAUGACUUUGGGACGGCGCAGCAGGAGGAUAUCUCUCACCCCCGUUAUGCGGAAGAUUCAGAGGACCUGUCGCUCAUGAAACGAUGAGCGUGUGAAGUCUGUGCAAGAAAGUGGGAACGGUGACACUCGAGUCGAGAUUGUUUUAAAAGUUUAGCGAAGUGGCUUUAAGGAUGAACUGACCUAGAAAAGAAUAGGAAGUAGUGAGAAGAUUUUAGUAUUGCAGAGGAACUAUUUUUGUGUCAAGAAAGUUACGAUGUUCAAAGUCAGUGAGUCUCUCAGUAACCAAAUGAAGAAUGUACAGACAUGCUUGCUGUAAUACUGACUAAAAGCUUUAGAUGCUUGUGUUUCACUCUAAAGUGUACAUACCCCUAUUUUUUGGUGUACUCGAAUUGUGGUUUUGGUACAGGCUGUGUGUGUGUGUGUGUGUGUGUGUGUGUGUGUGCGUGUGCGUGCGUGCGUGUAUGUGAGAACUACCUACGAGCUCUCUGCUGUCAAAGGGGCCUUUCCAAAGGUACAAAGGGGACGAGGAGACACUGGAUUUAUGCAAUUUAAAAAAAAAAAAUUAAAAAAAAGGAGUUUGUAUUCAUCCCAGUUACGUGGUUAAAGAGCAGAGAACAACAUCCCUCUAAUGCAAAUGUCAUGCUGUGUUUAAGUGUUUGUGGUUCACACAUCUGGCAGUGGCUGACAGUAGAUUGCAAAGAGGAAUAAAAAGUGUGAAGAGGAAGAAGAAGAAAAUGGGUAUUCGAAUCAGAAGAUCAUGUUUUUCACAAUAGGAAGUGCCUCUCAAUGAAUUGUUAAGGGUGCCAUAUUGUCUUUGUUGAGAUACACGAAGAUGUUACUGUGAAUGACAUUUUUAUUGUGGACUCGGUCAUUCUAGAGGUUACAUAACAAAAUGCCGAGCUUCCAUUCCUUAGGCAUUCCACUCUGGUCUUAACAUGUUUUCUAUUUUUUAUUUUCCUGUUUUUAAUUUUUUUUUUUGUUGAUUUUAACAGAACUUGAAUUUUAAAUGUUUCUUGUAAAAAAAGAAGUAACUUAAAUGUAAAUAUCGAUGCCAUGUUUUAGCUGCUUUUUUCAUUUCCAUCAGAUUGCAAGAUUAAAGUACAGUAUUGUGAGAUGAUGAUGAUGAUGAUGAUGAUGAUGAUGACGACGCUCAUGAGGCCUGUGUGGGUGUUGUGGGCAGUUUGGUACUUCUGUGAGGACAGAGGUCCUCUGCAUGAGGAAGCACUUCAUUGAGCUGGACCGUUGUAACGAUGCUGUGUUCCUCUGAAUGUUAGAGGGGUGUGCACAGACUCCUGAAACACUGGAAAUAAAUUUUGUCAAUGGAAAA